AUGCAUUACUAUGCUGCAAGUGACACCAUUUUACCUCAUGAUAUCACUGAAUCUGAUAUUGACUUCGCACACGAUGGUCAGGGAUUUCCCUCAUGGCAUCGGUUGUACUUGUUGGCAUGGGAGAGAACCUUGCAGGAAGUUGGAAACGAUGAAGAAUUUGCCCUUCCUUUCUGGGACUGGACUGGGAAUCCCACUCAAUGCGACCCUACAAUUUGCUCUGAAGAGCUCCUUGGUGUAACAAACCAAACUACUGGCAUCGUGAGGGGCAAAUACUUGGAUAACUGGUACGUCCUUUGCACCCGCGAACAAACCUUUGACCUAACAGAGCCGUGUGAACCUGAUGACAGAAGAGAUGGAUUGAAACGGAACACAGAUGAUGAGAAGGAGAAGAAAGUGAAGGAACAAGGAUAUACUAUGACAUUUCCAACAAAGAAAGAUGUCAACUUUGCGCUCCGUUUUGAAACCUUUGACCUCCCACCCUUCAACAAAGAGUCUAGCUGCAAUUUUAGAAACAUCCUAGAGGGUUAUGUUAGCACCAAAACUGGUUUUCGCCUUCCUAACGUCCACGGCUUGCACAACCGGGUCCACAUAGUUGUUGGAGGAGAAAUGGGGGACGUACCUUCGGCAUCAAACGACCCGAUCUUUCCUCUUCAUCACGCGUUUGUGGAUCGUAUCUAUGAAAAAUGGCUGCGGAAGUUUAAUAAGGAUGCGAAUGUGCUAUCUACUUACGAUGCACCCAUUGGUCACAACAGACAUGACGUCAUUGUGCCGUUGUUUCCGGUUUACACUCACCAACAGAUGUUCAAGAAGUCUUUCGAGUUCGGUUAUGAUUACCAAGACGUCGAUGAGAAAGGUGAGAAUGAAUGUUUUGCUUUCCAUUGUAUUUUGGUGUCCGUGUUUUGAAUUGGUUAAAUAGAUUCGUAAAACCAGCCUGCAAAAUUGUCGUUUCACCGUGGGGGAUUGAGUGCGCAACAGGACACUUUGCAUGAGCGUAGCUGGCGAAGAGACAGGUUUUCCUUGCAUCACCACUAUUUAAGAAAGUGAGGAAGGGAGGACGGUUACUUCAAUUUAUGGCCUAAGGUGUGGGUGCUUAUUCAAGGAAAUACGAAACUUAUAAUCCUUUAAAAUUCCAUUAAUUCGUAAGCGGUCUCCAUCCCCCAAUGUUGAUAUUUUAAAUAUCACAAUAAAUUAAAAGUUUCAGUGAUCUUAAGCAAGCAUUUCAUUUUUUUCCUCUGGGCAAAGUUAUGGAAAAUUGUGUUUUUGCCUUUUUAGUCCGAUGAUAAGAACACGUCUUGGAGAGAGAACUCUGAGGAGUGUACUUACCCAUUCACUUAAUUCCAACUCCUCCGCUUCCCACCAUUCCUCGUCUCUCCUCUCAUAUCUUGUGUAGUUUGUCCGCUAUCACUCUUGAUACCCAAAAUUCACAAGAAAGUAUCUUUGAAUAGGCAGGUCUCCUGGUGACGAGAAAGAAGAUGAAUCAAAGUCUUUGGGAGAUUGUCCACAAGCUAAAUACUACCCUAACCUUCCUAAAUCUGCAGCGCCUGGAAAGCUAAUGUGUUGGUGGCUGAUGUCAGUCAUGUUAGUAUGGCAGUUGCUAUUGGCUGAUUGAAGACAGGGAGUGAAGAGAAUUAGCCUGUCUUAGGCUCUUAGUAAGUAGAGAUGCGUGAAAUAGUGAGUGUGGGAAAACUGGGAUGCAAGCAACACAGCGGUCAAACGUCAGAUGUGCUCGGGUGGAUCAAUUCUGGCAAGCCGCGCGCCAUUUUCCCGCGCAAAAUUUCUAAAAAAACAUAAAAACAGCUCCUGUCUCGCAAAAUAAGCGAAAGAAAAUUGAUACGUGCAUCGUUAUCUGUAAGAGGAAAUAAAGUAGGGAAAGAAAACUCGAUAAUUUUAGAACACGAAGCUAAUUCAAGUAAGGGUAUCCUUUUGAUUCACCUUUCCGUUUUAAUCUUUAACAAAAACAAAGACGAUUGCAAAACACCUCGACUCACUUGCAUGUGAGGCUGUGUGUAACUCGUUUCUGACAGCACUCUACGUGGUAAUUACAACCUGCGCACAUGCGCAGACGUUGGACCGCUGUGUUGAAAUAAGCAGGACGCGGCGGCUGCGGUUACCAAGGAGACGUCUGCAGAUCACGCCAGCUUGCCUGCAAGUUGAAGCGCGCGCCAUUUUUCGCGUGUUCGCUUUCUCGCUCGUCUUCGCUGAUUGAGAGGCUGGAACAGGCUAAGAGAGAAGAAGUGAGGAUGAAGGAAGAGAAGAGUAGAAAUGGUAGAGUCGUAGAAUAGAGCACAGUACAAUAAUGUACAGUAGUAUGAAGUACAGUGGACUUUAAGCCUGGGAAGAUUAGAAGGAAUAACUGAGCAUACCCAAUACAGGAGAAAAGAGUUAAUUUUUUAG